AUGGCCGAGUACUUACACGUGUUGGAAAAAUGUCAACAAGACGACAGUGUAAAACGCGAGUACUAUCUGGAACAUCAAAGUUACAACAACUCGUACGAACACAACGAUGAAANUAACUCGUACAAACACAACGAUGAAAUCCGUAUCGAAGUGCACAACAAGGAGAAAUUUACCGUGCCGUGCGAAAGUUAUUUGCAAAUCGAAGGAAAACUGGAAAAACCACCAGCUGGAACAGCCGGUGAAAUGGUUAUGGGGCAAAAUUUUCUCAUGCACCUAUUCGAUGAAAUCAGAUUUGAGGUAAAUGGUAAAGAAGUAGACAAGAUAAAAUACGUUGGUAUGGCUACAACCAUCAAGGGAUAUUGUUCAUUCACACCCAACGACAUUCGACGAUUACAACCUGCCGGAUGGAAAUACGCGCAAAUUUUGCACAACAACAACGAUUUCGUCGAUGGGACUGAAUUUGUAGCGCAAUGUCCAUUAUCUAUGUGCAUGGGAUUUUUCGAACGGUAUCGGCGCACACUGAUAAACUGUACUCAGACUCUCGUGGUGAAUAGAUCGAGUACCGACAGCACUGUCGUAUCAUUUGUUCCACAGACAACAACAACAGACGAUAAAGCGCAAAUUGCAACAUUGAUAAAACAAAUCAACGUGAAAAUAUCGAAAAUCAAAUGGGUAGUAAAGUACUUUGAACCCAGCGUGAAAACUGAACUGGGUCUGAUGCGUAUUCUGGACAGCAAGAAAUGGCUCCCGUUAGAAUUUCAACACUGGGACGUUGCCGUUUACCCGUUGGUACCGCAGACAACUCAUCUCACGUGGUCGGUGCGCACCUAUUCGAAUGUGGAAAAACCUAGAUAUUUACUUAUUGCCAUGGGUAAUGAGGACGAACACGUUCUCGGAGAUUUCAAUCACUGUUCAUUGAGAAACGUCAAAGCGUAUCUGAACGCUGACGAAUACCCGUACGAGAACCAAAACGCCGAUUUCGACAACAACAAGUACACAACGUUUUAUAACUCGUACGCACAAUUUCAGACAAUGUAUUACGGUCGUAAAGACCCCUAUCCUUUACUGGACUAUAUAAAUUACAAAAAACGUGGACCUAUAGUCGUGAUUGAUUGUUCUAAACAAAACGACACCGUCAAGUCUUCAACGGUUGAUCUACGCUUGGAUUUCGAAUGCUCCAAACAGUUUCCCGAUAAAACAUCAUUGUAUUGUGUAAUUAUUCACAACUGUCAAAUGGAAUACAACGCAUUCACGGGAGAAGUACGAAAACUUUAA